AUGCCCUCCGUAACAUUGUCCCUUGGGGAGAAAGCUGAGGAUAGCAUAGGUGAAACUCCACAUGUGUGUAACACUCGCAGAAGUGGACAAAGCGAGGUUGGCAUUUUAGGAAUGCGCGUCCUAUUUAAUUAGAUCCGUAAAGUAGGAGAGAUAAAACUGAGGCCCUCUCCUCGGGUUUCUCCGCAGUGCAUGGCUACAGGAGAAGGGCGAUUUCCUGAAUGAGGGACUUGUUUUUGUUGUUGUUGUUGUCUCUCAUCGCUUCAUCAUUUUGGACAUUAUUGCUCUUGGAAUUGUUUCUGCUCAAGCCCCUACCAUAAUCUGAGUUUUCUGUUUAACUUUAUUUGAGUGUGAUGACCAUGUCUCAGCUACUCCAUCAACAUUGAUAAUACAUAUGGUUUUAACCGUUGCUGAUACAGUAUGUACAGUAGAUAAGCAGCUUUCUUCUUUAAGGUUGUAGCCCCUAUCAUCGCAGAGCCAAUCUCUCACCUUUUUAACCUGUCUCUCAUCUCUGGGGAGGUUCCCAGUGCUUGGAAGGCAGCCAUGUUGCGUCCUUUAUUUAAAGGGGGAGAUCCUAACUGUUAUAGGCCAAUUUCUAUCUUGCCCUGUUGUCAUUGCUCCUCUGUAAUGAACUACAACCUCUUCAUCGUCUUUCACAGUAGCUAUUACAUCCCAGUCAAGGCAGAAGUGGCUCAUGCAAUAACUGCCUUUCAAUAACUUGUAUGUGAAAGUUAAAGCAAAGCUUUUAAAGUUACCUCUUAAAACGGGUGAAAUGCAUAGUCAUUCGCAUCGGGUUAGUCUCACGUUACCAUACUCCCAAGCCUGGAAUCGAGGCUAGCGUUGGGUCAACAUAUAGAUGCCACUUAAAAUUGUGAUGCCAGGUCUUAAACCAGUUCUUUUCUAUUAAAGAAUACAAAUUGUAAAUUCUCUCAGUAAAGAAAAACUGACCAAAUAUAGAAAAUACUGGUUUCCCAAGCGUCAAACACUGCAUGUGUCAGCGCCUUUAAAAGAGUAUGACAUAAAAUCACAUCAAGUUUUGCAGUCAGCGUAAAGUGGACUAAGAAAAUUCAGGCAAUACAAAUGUAAGACAGUCGUAACUUCGCAGGUAAAAGUCAAAGUCUCCUCUAUUCCUUUUGACAGGUUUGAAAAGUGCCUCUAGCUUUACUCUAGAGUUGAAACAUGGCAGAUCACUGUCAGAAGAGGCCCUCUCUUUGCCUUUGAACUUGACAGAGACUGACUGCUUUUACAGUCUUAACAGGGCUGAGUUAGUACCAUUCAUAUUGACUUGAACAGUGGUGGUCAUUAAAGCAGGGGAUAAGAUAUUAAAAUCAGGUGUACUGAAAGCAGGUGUACUGGUCUAACGAGCUGGGAAUGAUUGUGUAAAAUGUAAUCUGUGUAUAUGUAGCCCUAUACCUUUUUCAUUGUCUUGAUGCAAGGAUUUAGAACACACCAAAUGGCCUUUAUACUGCUAGAAGAGAAGUGUUUCCUGAAAAUGUUAUGGCCCGGUUACAGUAUGUGCUUCAGCUGUUUGCAAUGUCCGAUGCGAAGGUUUCUUGUCAACCCACACUGUCUGACAAAUGUGACAUUGUUUUACCAUCUAACUCAAACACAGUCAAUUGCAUGUUUGCACUGCCAACCCAUUUUUUUUAUAGAACAUCACAUGAGCAACAGCAUAAGAAACAGUGGCUACAACAACAACAGUCUAGACAACAACAAUCUAAAUGCCAGUCAUGUUUCUUAAAGGAACUCUAAAGUAGUCCCAGAGGCUUCCUACCUCUGUUUAUCCUCCAUCAGCCCUCUUGGUUUUCUCUGAUUGCUAUGCAACUUUUUCCCCUCGUACUUCCUUCCCCCUCCUCCGCUCCCAUAAAGGAGUGCUGUUUUCAGUAGUGUUGCUGCGUUGUAUGUUUAGGAGAGAGCUACAGUAAAAGGUACAGUAGUAGUCUGAAUGGAUGCACAGUCCUUUUUGAGGCCUGGUUUUACAUAAAAGGACUCUCUCUCUUCUCUGUGUGCUUCUAUGACAACCUCUAGGUAAGUGUUGUAUGGAAUGUCGUUUGGGUGUGAACUAGUGUGUUAGUGUUUAACGACCCUCAGGUGUGUAGUAGUGUGUACAAUAUGUAAUAAAUUACACAUGGGUGAGUUUCUCUUUCUGGUCUCCCUGUGACUCAAUUGGACUUGUCUUGUGACUUCUUUCUAUUAGGCUAUAUAAAAGUCUCUGGUUGUGGUUGCAUUCAUACCUUUACAUUUAACAUGGUUCAUGAUUAUCUCUCUUGCCCUUUUUUAGGAAGUUGCACAUUUUCACUAACACACUAACUAAACUAUGGCACGGAUGUAAAGAACAUUUUGCCCGAGUUUCAACUAAGCUGGGUCAGAGUGGUCGCUUAUCAAGUAUUGGACUCAACAUUAAACGAACAUGACGUUUGUGUUUAGAUUGAAUGUUCAGUAAUAACUUGCCAUACCUGAUAAUUUGCCACACUGGCAUAACAUGGAGUGUGUGGAUACCAAUUCAGAAUGCAGCAGAGAUGGCUAGUGGCCACUGAUGGUCUUGAGUGUGUACUAUAGGUAAUCUGCCUGUGCUGACCUUGAUGUGUAUACCUGUGUGUGUUUUCUCAGCCUCAGCGCAGGGCAGUAGGAGGAGCAGCGGCCAGGGAAAGUCAGGGAGAAGUCCACUCCAGAUGCUCUAUGACAGUGACCAGGUAAGUCCCGCCCACCAUCAGGUAGCGUUCACAUCAUUGGCUGAUGAAUAUAUAGCUACAUGAAUGUUGAUGACCACUGAACUUGUUUUGGUCAAGUCUACAAUCCCGCCAUAUUUCCCACCCCUACCAUUGACCUACUGUGUCACUGUGAAGGGUUGUAGACUUCGGCUACCGAACUUCGACUUACCUCAUGAUAAAUGGUUGUGCGCGGACAGAUGACAUUUUGCAUUAAUAUAUGCGUGAACUGUUCCAUGUUUCAUUCCGUCUCUGAUGUGAGCGGUUUGUCUGUAAAAUCAGAUUUAGAUGAAAUCAUAAUUAUUAAGCCCACAUUGCACUACAGAUGUACCUUAAGCUCCAAGGGUCGGGUGUCUUGCAAUCUGUACAUCUCAAGCCUUUGAAACUGUCUGCUGUAGUUACCGGUGACAGUCAGUGAUUGACACAGGUGCGACCCUUGACCAUUUUUUGUUUGUUUACUGUCUAGUACAGCUCUUUUGAAGUUAGUCAUCAGACAAAAGUUGAAACGUCUGCGUUUAAUUUCGCAGCAGACUUAAGUUUUUUGAAGAUGAUUCAUUCCCAGCCCUGACUUGGCGCUUCCAGACUGCAGUCAGACGUUGGUUAGCAAAAUAAAAUGAUUUUGGACGGACGCUUAGGAUGGAAAAAGAUUAGUUAUAAUGCAAAGGGCAUUCGCUCAUUUAUUUUUGCCUGCCUACUCGGGUGUUGGUGGGCAUAAAACCGUCUUGUUAAAAAGAAAAUAACUGACAUUGUAACUUUGCUAGCAUCUGUCUCUAUCUCCCCCCUCUUGCUCUCCCUCCCUCUUUUGGCUUGUCAUACCACUGUUGAAAAAAAGUCCAGACAGUGAUAGAGUGCAGUAUAAAGUUGCAGUAUAAGUAGUUAGGGAUUAACAUGGGUAACUGGCAUCCCGGGACUGUCCCAGGAACAAUCUUCACAUUUCCUGAAAAAAUUUAAUGGGAAGACCCGAGAAAUUACAAAAAAUGUCCCCAAUGUUGCACUAAUGCAAUUCCACAAUAUACACAACAUGCGCAACAGCAGUUUAGCAAAAAUAAAAUGGCACAUUAUCCAAACAGGUUGCCGCAUGGAAGCCUUAAGCCUAGUGUAUCUACUUCACACAAAUUCACCAUAAAUUGAAAGCACACGCAUAAUUGAUACUGCCGGACUGCACACGCGACCUGAAUGCAGUUGAUAAACCCUACAGGAAACCCCUUCAGUAUAGACUAUUAAAUAACGUGUGCCUCUUUGAGCUGUCAUUGUGACUCUUCAGACAGUCACAAUUCUGAUAUGCACAAUUCACUACAUAGGCAUCUCUGUCUGUUAACAAUUCAGAGGCAUGAGGGAAAAUUCUAACUUCUCUUGUCCUGCAGCCUAGGCUAUUUUCCUAUCCAGUCCAGGUCCCAAUGCCACUGAAACCCUGUCAGGCAUCAGUGUGUAGCGGUAGGACGGAGUCAGGCGCAGGACACAGAGCUAGUAGACAACGUACUUUACUCGUGAAAUUAAAUUAACAUAAUCUGCACGCAGGGAGGACAAAUCCCGCUCACCAGUCUAUGACACCAAACAUAGAACAAACACGCACACAACACAGUGGGAGCCAGAGGGUUAAAUAGGGAACAAAUCAGAACAUAAUGGGAACCAGGUGUGUACAAUAAAGACAAAACAAGUAGAACACAGAAACAUAGAUCGGUGGCAGCUAGUACUCCGGUGACGACGAACGCCGAAUCCUGCCCGUGCAAGGAUGAGGGGCAGCCUCGCCUGAAUUCGUGACAGUACCUUCCCACAUCCUGGUUUACUCUUUCCACCUGCCCAUUACUCUCGGGGUGAAACCCUGAGGUCAGGCUGACCGAGACCCCCAGACAUUCCAUGAACGCCCUCCAGACCCUUGAGGUGAACUGGGAACCUCGAUCAGACACUAUAUCCUCAGGUACCCCGUAGUGCCAGAAGACGUGUGUAAACAGGGCCUCCGCAGUCUGUAGGGCUGUAGGGAGACCGGGCAAAGGAAUGAGACGGCAGGACUUAGAAAACCGAUCCACAACGACCAGGAUCGUGGUGUUCCCUUGUGACGGGGGAAGGUCCGUAACGAAAUCCACCGAUAGGUGUGACCACGGCCGUUGUGGUACGGGUAGGGGUUGUAAUUUCCCUCUGGCAGGUGUCUAGGUGCCUUGCACUGGGCGCACACCGAGCAGGAGGAAACAUAAACCCUCACGUCCUUAGCUAAAGUGGGCCACCAGUACUUCCCACUAAGACAGUGCACUGUCCGACCGAUGCCAGGAUGACCAGAGGAGGGUGACAUGUGAGCCCAAUAGAUCAAUCGAUCGCAGACAUCUAACGGAACGUACAUACAACCCUCUGGACACUGGGGGGGACUGGGCUCCGUACGUAACGCCCGCUCGAUGUCCGCGUCAACCUCCCAUACCACCGGUGCCACCAAACAAGAAGACGUAAGUAUGGGAGUUGGGCUCCAUGGACCUCUCCUCUGUGUCAUACAGCCGGGACAGAGCGUCUGCCUUAACGUUCUGGGAACCUGGUCUGUAAGAAAGGGUGAACACAAAACGGGUGAAAAACAUGGCCCACCUUGCCUGGCGAGUGUUCAGUCUCCUCGCCGCCCGGAUGUACUCCAGAUUGCGGUGGUCAGUCAAAAUGAGGAAAGGGUGUUUAGCCCCCUCAAGCCAAUGCCGCCACGCUUUCAGAGCCUGGACAACAGCUAACAGCUCCCGGUCCCCCACCUCAUAGUUGCACUCCGCCGGGCUGAACUUCUUCGAAAAGAAAGCACAGGGGCGGAGCUUUGGUGGCGUACCUGAGCGCUGAGACAGUACAGCUCCUAUCCCAGCCUCAGACGCGUCCACCUCUACUGUGAAUGCCAAGGAGGGAUCUGGAUGAGCCAGCACAGGAGCCGAGGUAAACAGGGCCUUCAGGUGACCAACAGCCCUGUCCGCCUCAGCUGACCACCGCAGUCGCACCGGUCCCCCCUUCAGCAAGGAGGUAAUGGGAGCCGCUACCUGACCAAAGCCCCGGAUAAACCUCCGGUAGUAGUGGGCAAACCCUAAGAAUCGCUGCACCUCCUUAACCGUGCUUGGAGUCGGCCAAUUACGCACGGCCGAAAUGUGGUCAUUCUCCAUCUCCACCCCUGACGCGUACAGGCAGUACCCUAGGAAGGAGACGGACUGUUGAAAGAACAGACAUUUCUCCGCCUUGACGUACAGGUCAUGUUCCAACAGUCGACCAAGCACCUUGCGCACCAGGGACACAUGCUCGGCUCGUGUAGCGGAGUAUAUGAGAAUGUCAUCUAUAUACACCACUACACCCUGUCCGUGCAGGUCCCUGAAAAUCUCAUCGACAAAGGAUUGGAAGACUGAGGGAGCAUUCAUCAACCCGUACGGCAUGACGAGGUACUCAUAGUGCCCAGAGGUGGUACUAAAUGCCGCCUUCCACUCAUCCCCCUCCCGGGUACGCACCAGGUUGUUCGCGCUCCUGAGAUCCAAUUUGGUGAAGAAGCGCGCCCCGUGCAAUGACUCCGUCACACUAGCAAUGAGAGGUAGUGGAUAACUGUACUUAACAGUGAUCUGAUUGAGACUGUGGUAGUCAAUGCACGGGCGUAAACCUCCAUCCUUCUUCACAAAAAAUAAACUUGAGGAGGCAGGUGAAGUGGACGGCCGAAUGUAUCCCUGUCCCAGAGAUUCGGAGACAUAUGUUUCCAUAGCCGCCGUCUCCUCCUGUGACAGAGGAUACACGUGACUCCGGGGAAGUGCAGCGCCUACCUUAUCGCACAAUCCCCCUGUCGAUGGGGUGGUAAUUGAGUCACCUUCUUUUUUACAGAAGAUGAGAGCCAAAUCAGCAUAUUCGGGGGGAAUGUGCAUAGUGGAGACCUGGUUCGGACUUUCCACCGUAGUUGCACCUAUGGAAACACCUACACACCUCCCCGAGCACUGACUUGACCAUCCCUUGAGAGCCCUCUGUUGCCAUGAAAUAGUGGGGUCAUGAGAGGUUAACCAGGGAAGCCCCAACACCACUGGAAACGCAGGAGAAUCGAUCAGAAAGAGACUAAUUCUCUCCUCAUGACCCUCCUGCGUUUUCAUCCAAAGUGGAGCUGUGACCUCCCUAAUCAGGCCUGACCCUAAAGGGCGACUAUCUAAGGCAUGUACAGGAAAGGGCACAUCAACAGGAACAAUAGGAAUCCCUACUCUACGGGCAAAUAUACGAUCAAUAAAGUUCCCAGCUGCGCCUGAAUCUACGUGCGCCUUAUGCUGGGAAUGCGGGGAAAACUCAGGAAAUGUUAUGUCAAUACACAUGUGCGCAACAGGGAGCUCUGGAUGAGUCGGGUGCCUACUCACCUGGGAUGGUCCACCAGUGCUCUGCCUGCUGCCUCGACUCCCUGAGGAACCUCCCCAGCACCGACCAGCAGUGUGUCCUCUGCGGCCACAGUUGGUGCAGGAAACGGCCCCCCUUCCGGUCUCCCUUAGAGCAGCACCUCCGAGCUCCAUCGGUGUAGGGUCGGAGGUGCUGGGGGAUGGAAUGGACAGACCCCGAUCCGGACGUCCACGUGUGGCCAACAGGUUAUCCAGCCGUAUCAAUAAAUCCACCAGCUGGGCCAGGUUAAGGGUGGUGUCCCUGCAGGCCAGCUCCUGACGAACGUCCUCCCGUAGGCUGCAUCGGUAGUGGUCAAUCAGGGCCCUCUCAUUCCAUCCCGCGCUGGCUGCCAGGGUCCUGAAGUCCAGUGCGAAGACCUGAGCGCUCCUCUUCCCCUGUCUGAGGUGGAACAGACGUUCCCCCGCCGCUCUCCCCUCCGGUGGAUGAUCAAAUACCGCCCAGAAGCGGCGGGUGAAAUCUUCAUAGCGCACAGACGCCGCGUCUAUUCCUCCCCACUCGGCGUUGGCCCACUCGAGCGCUCUCCCCGACAGACAGGAGAUGAGGGUGGACACGCUCUCGUAUCCCGAGGGAGCCGGGUGGAUGGUCGCCAGGUAGAGAUCUACCUGGAGCAGAAACCCCUGGCACCCGGCAGCUGUACCAUCAUAUGCCCUCGGGAGCGAGAGCCGAAUCCCACUGGACCCAGGUGACGAAGGGGUGGACAGCGGUGUGGGUUGCAGUGUAGGUGUAGGAAAACCCCCUCUCUCCCAUCGCUCCAUAGUGUUCAACACACGAUCCAUGGCUGUGCCGAGAGUCUGUAUCAUGGUCGCUUGCUGCUGGACGCGUUCCUCCACUGAUCCUGAAGGAAAAAUGUACCUGCUGACUCCAUUUGAGGUGCGUGAUUCUGUCAGGCGUCAGUGUGUAGCGGUAGGACGGAGUCAGGCGCAGGACACAGAGCUAGUAGACAACGUACUUUACUCGUGAAAAUAAAUUAACGUAAUCUCUACGCAGGGAGGAGAUUGAACUCUGUGCUCUUGCUAUACUCUGAGGAAACGUUUUUGAAUUUAGGGAGGCAGCAAGCAAAACUUGCAGAAGAUUUGAACACAUUUUAUUCUGAUUUGUCUAACACUUUUGGAACACUAAAGGGUGUAAUGACUUUAUACAGGAAGUUUAACUUAAGCAAAGGUUGCAUGGAGGUUGCCUUUGCAUGCUUAAGUUACCCUUAUAUGCUGAAUACACUGGCCAUGCACGUACGUCCGCAUGCGUCAUCACAUGCAUUUUGUCCAUCCAUACCAGACGCGAUCAUGACGCGCAGGUUAAAAUAUCUAAACCAACUGUGAACCAACUAUAUUAAUUUGGGGUCAUGUCAAACACACAUGAAACAUUCAUGGACAUUUAUCUAGCUUGCUAUUGCUAACUUAUUUGUCCUGGGAGAUGAAUAUUGGGUUUUUAUUUUACCCAUGCUUUUUUUAACCCGAAGUCAUACACAAUCAUAUGUUUCUCUACUCCAACUAUUAAAACCCUCUAGAGUGUAAGCCCAGCCUAAGCCCUGUCUAAGCCCAAAUAUUGGAUUGAAUUUGGCUUUACUGCUAUUAGCCAAUAGAAAUGCAUUGAAUAACAGAUUCACUACAUGGAACAACAGAUAGUCCCCCCCAAAAUCUAAAGGAAGUUUGUUCUGAAGUGUUUGUCCUACAUCUGAGAGAUAUAAGAAAGAGCAGGAAACUAUUGUUUUAUAUAUUUUUUUACAUGUAUUUAUCCCCUUAUUUUAGACACUAGCCUAUCUCCAUAUAUACUUCCAUUCGUUUUUUAAACUGUUACUGGGACCUUCAGACAACUCUUGUGAGGCUUGUGGGCGUUAAUUAGAUGUAAUUAUUAUGUUAAUUAGAUUUCCGCGGUAGGCCAAGGGUUAACACUAGAAAAACUGAGCAUUUAGCAAUCCCGUUCUUAGACAAUGCAUUCUAACAGUCUAAUAAAUACAUUUUAUAUAUGCUAUUGCAAAAAAUUAUAAUUUGGUUGUGUUUAUUAAGGUUUUAGGGAGGCCUACCAUUAGAAUACGAACAUUUUAUUAUUUUAAUUAGUUUAUGUUACUGUAGGCUACAUGUAAAAAUGAAAAAUGACAUAACACCACAAUUCAAGUAUACACCAUCACAAAGAAAUGCAUAAUUAUUUCGUUAACGCAGGUAUUUAGAAUUUUUUUUAAAAAAAAGAUUGUCAUUCAAAAGAACAGAAUAUCAUAUUUAAAGUUGUAUUAUGUUACUAGUCUGUGUUUAGUACCCUAUGGCUAUGCUGCCGCAAGUGCUCACAUGUAGAACGCAUGGAAUAGCGGCUGUAUUAUUCUACAAAAAAGUGAUAUUUUGAAAUAGAGCCCAUGCCCUAAUUUUUAAGUUGUUUGGCAAAUGUAUGUGUUUUAGAAACCUUAGAACCUGCUCUUUCCUCUAGCUUAUGAAAUCAAUAUGUCUUACCUGCAUGAAAGAUUAUUUGAAAAAGUUGCUUUUUGGUAAACUCUGUUCCCUUCUUUGUCAAUUACCAACGCUGCACUGCAGUCUCUUCAUUCACAAGGCAAUUGAUAAUAUUGUCGCCCAUCAGACUAUUAUCGAUUGAAUCUUGUAUUUAGGCUUAAUCUAUUAUUAUAAGCCCAGAUUUGAAAUUUGUUUUGAUAUAGUUUAGGUGUAGUUUCGAUGGACCAUUGUCAGAUGGCAGCCAACUGGUGAAGGAAGGGCAGGGUGGGGGGGAAAUUACAUGUCCUCCUAAAACUGCUUAUAACACAAACUCUGUUUGUGAUAUCGAAAUUCUAACAAUGACAGUGUGUUAAAUAGACUUAUUUAGGAAAAUGACUUUGAAAAUGGCAAUUAAAAUGUUAAAUUCAAAGGACCACAAAAUGAGGCUCUCUGAAUUUUUAGUAAUAUAUCUAUGCUCCUGAAAAUCAAUGAGAAGAUGGGAGAGGCGGGACUUGUAGCGCGUCAUGUGUGUCAAAUAGAACCAAGUUGUAUUUUAGCGCUUGGCUAUGCAGACGCUUCUUCACGUGCGUGAGCAGUGUGGGUGAAAUUAUUGAAUAAUAUAUACAUGUAUGUGUAAAUGUAUUUUGCAAUGCUCGCACACGCAACGUGGCCGGUGUGGUUUGCGUGUUAGGUUUACGAGGAAGCCAUUGAAUCUACUUGAGGUCAAUCAUAGCCGACAGGGUAAGAGUAUGUACCAUAAAAAUACGUAUUACACCACAAAUUAAACUCAAGAUUAUCAUAUAAGAUAGUCUUUACACUGUCAUUGAUAAUGAAUGACAUUGAUAAGCAAUUACUUACCUGGUGUCUCACUGAUGACAAAGAUAAAGAAAUAGUUUUACUUGAUAACUUCUGCUUGACAAAAUUGUGUUUGAUAGAAAGAUAUAACUUCCCAGCUACACAAUGAGUGAAGGCUAAGAGUUGGCAUCGGUGUGGCCUGCUUGAGUGUGUCCUUGAUCUUCCAGUGUAAACAGUGUCUUCUCAAACCAGCUCAGAGGACCACACAUGCCACCAGACACCGAGGCAAACUGAGAGCCUCUGCAUUUGGCUGAGUAAAUGGAAGGAGUAAAUACAGGUUUUAUACAGGAAGGAAGCCAAGUUGAACUGGUUGACCUGUAGUGUUGGUAUUGGUGGUGUGUUGAUGGGAGAGGUUUAAAUAUGAUUAUGACAUCCAGCUACAGUGUGUGUGUACGUGGGAGAGAAAUGGGUCAUUAAAACUCAACUAUCAACUCUCAUAUUUAACGAACAAUAAGAUAAUUUAGAGAAGCUGUAAUUUAGAGUCAUUCAGCACGAACAUACUCUUGUCUCGGUUCCAGAUUCCCUAAUGCACACAUUUUCAUCUUAUUUUCUACCUCUCCACAUACUCUCAAUUUUCUGGAGAUUAACUCCAUUCUUGGACAGAUUAUGCUCAUUAUGGUUAAUCUCCCAGACAUUUAUACUAUUACAUAAGCACGUAGCUAACUCCUUUUCAGAAUGAAUUUUCUGUGGGGGCAAGGACAAGGUGUAGAAUGAAUUAUAUGAAGUGACGUUGGAAUGCGAGGAGCGUUUCUGCCCAUGCAAGUAACUUCCUAAUGUCAAUAGACUGAGGAGGUCCAAGCAUUACUUUUGAAAGGGUGUUUUUUUUUCUCAUAUUCGGGUUGAAAAAGGCCCCAUACAGAAACAACCCCUAGCCCCUACAAGGCACUUGUGUAUAUCUGAAAGGAUUUGAUGGGUAUAAGCAAUAUGUAAAAAAAAUCCAUCCAUCUAGCCUCUCUGAUUCAGAGGGGUUGGGUUAAAUGCAGAAUACACAUUUCAGUUGAAUGCAUUCAGUUGUGCAACUGACUAGGUAUCCCCUUUCCCCUUCAUUUUUACAUUUUACAUUUGAGUCAUUUAGCAUACGCUCUUAUCCAGAGUGACUUACAGUUAGUGCAUUCAUCUUAAGAUAUGUAGGUGAGACAACCACAUGUAGUAAGUACAUUUCUCCUCAAUAAACUAUCUGCCAAGCCAGUGCUACUAAGAAAAUACAAGUGCAAAUUGUUAGUUUGAGAAAGGCAAGGGUGUUAUAAUACUUUUUUGGAUUAAUCAAGAUAUGGGCAAGGUGGCGCUACAACAACAUUGCUUGUACCUAUCCAAUUAUUUUGGAUGUACUUGAAGUGUGUUUGGGCUAGAGGUUGUUUUGGAGCCAGUUUCUUGUCUCUCAUUCUGCAAUCUGAUGAGUGUUGAAACUUGUUCAUGUGUUACAUGUUGAAAUAUGCCAAUGUGUUCAGUAACAUGGAUAAAAAGUGUAUCCCCCAGCCAUAACCACUUGCUAUCUCACUUUCUACUCACCUCAAGGAAACAAACAAUGAUUAAACGACACAAGAUAUCUACCAUAACUUCAGACAAAUUCAAGCUGUUUUUUUAUGUCACUGUCUGGAAUACUCACUGAAUCCUCUCCUGUCUUCUCCUGUAGCUGGAGCAGUCGGCAGUGCAGGUGACCCACCAGGGUCGGCGGGAGCUGCUGGAAGAUGCCUGCCACUCGUACACGCUCAAGCGCCGCGUGCUCAUCCCUGAGGACCUCAAGCACGUCAUUGUGGAUGACCAGCAUGGCCUGCUCUACUGCUACGUGCCCAAGGUGGCCUGCACCAACUGGAAGCGAGUCCUCAUGGUCCUGACAGGCGCCGCUGGCCCCCACCGCGACCCCCUCGACAUUCCCGCCAACGAGGCCCACGUGCCGGGCAACCUACGCACCCUCUCUGAGUACUCCACCUCCCAGAUCAACCAGCGGCUGCGCUCCUACCUGAAGUUUGUGUUUGUGCGCGAGCCCUUUGAGCGGCUCGUCUCGGCCUACCGCAACAAGUUCACACGCAGCUACAACACGGCCUUCCACAAGCGCUACGGCACCAAGAUCAUCCGCCGGCACCGGCCUGAUCCGCAGGCCAAGGCGCUGGAGCGGGGCGAUGACGUCUCCUUCGAGGAAUUUGUGUACUACCUGGUGGACCCGGCCACGCAGCGUGAGGAGCCCUUCAACGAGCACUGGGAGCGGGUGCACUCACUCUGCCACCCCUGCCUCAUCCACUACGAUGUGGUGGGCAAGUACGAGACGCUGGAGCAGGACUCCCGCUACGUGCUGCAGCUGGCCGGGGUGAAGGGCCAGGUGACCUUCCCCACCUCAGCCAAGAACACCAGGACUACGGGAGACAUGGCCGCCCAGUUCUUCCACAACAUCAGCCCCUUCUACCAAAAGAAGCUGUACAACCUGUACCGCAUGGACUUCCUGCUGUUCAACUACUCCACGCCGGAGUACCUGAAGUUUCCAUGA